AUGGAUCAAUAUGCAUACCACAUGAAAUAUCUUGUGAAUCAGAAGCAAGAACCGUUACCAUUGUUUCCCUCCAAGACUGUCAUGCCACGACCGGGGUCGGAAGCAACAGAGAUAUUCGAUGACGAAUAUGAGUACAACCGCUACAGAAACAGCUCACCCAUGAGAAGUGUUGCUUCUUUUGGAACCGGAAGCAUAUCAACUGCCUCUACACCAGACACUGUCACUACACCGGAGUCUACUGGCUUAACUGCUUUUGACUUUCUGUUCGAUGAGAAACAUGUCAGAGGUCCAAAUGGUCCUCACUUGUUCCGAUCGUCCGACUACUCCGAUACAAACUCAGCCAUAGACAUCGGUCCAUUGACCCAAGAAACACCCAUCAGCACUACCGGUCCAUAUCACCAUAGAGCCUCGAAAUUCGACCCCCAUAGACGGGAUACACCGGUUCCGAACGGCUCGACAGCACCAACCCCUGAGCCCAGGCAACCCAAGCAACGCCAACAAUUCUCACAUGUUGCUCGUCCGGCCCCAAGGCCCAUUCAUAUCGGACCCCGUGACUGGACUCCUUUUCAUGUGAAGGGAUGGCUGCAGAGCCUAAACUUCGAGGAUGAUAUUAUUCAGAAAUUUUUCGAGAAUGACAUCUCGGGCUCCAUGAUAAUGGAUCUCGAUUAUGAUUUCCUCUUCAAGGAGCUUGAGAUCAAAUCUUUUGGCAAGCGAUACCGCCUAAUGGGCUCUAUCGACAAUCUUCGAGGCGGAAGUGUGUAUAUGAGUAGCGAUACUCAUUCUUCACGCUCACGCAAUUCAAGUGUCACUAGUUCCAUAGAUUCUACUCCCAAUACGUCUGUCGUUUCUGGAAAUGGCCACACAUCGUACGCGAGUGCUGGGAAAAAGAUACCCGAAGCGAAGCCUCGCCCGCGUCGUCAACGUUCCGAGAGUGACGGCUGCAAGAGAACUGACCUUCUUCCCGAUGACUCUGUCUCUAUCGUGGCAAUUGAACAGGGCCUGCCCAAAGUGCACAAGUGCAAGAAAGGAGAAGCAUGCAAAACUUGGCAGAAGCAGCAGAAGUGGUUCGCUCUUGUUGCGCAGGACCUGCCGCUUGAGUCUAUCGGGGGCCGCUGUAUCGUUGCAGGUGACCCAGGAAACCCUAAGACAGCACCAAAUCUCCUCAAGUCGCCCAGGUCUCAUAUAACUCCUUCGCUUGUCGCGUCUUCUGAUCUCAUGGGAUCUCAACACUCCUCCCUCCAGCUUUCACAAGAAAGUCUGAAAGAGGUGAAACCGAGAGACCCUCAGGAGAAUGUGCGAAACUUUUUGAACUUCCAAAGUCUUGACCGGUUGCAAACAGUUAAUCAGCCUGCUACGCCCCCAACCGACCGUCUUUCAUCCCCCGGUUCUGAAUUCCCCGACUCGGCAAAGGUUACACCCACCCUAGCUGAUAAUCUCCGUCACCUACCAAAACUCCGGAUACCUAGCAUGCAUGACUCCAGUGAUGGCUCGAUUAUCACAGAGAACCUGUCAGCUUUACGGACUGUCACGCCUUCCAUUUUGUCUAGAAGAAACCAGUUCAAUGACAGGACCGCUAUCCCUGGAGAGAACCAGUCCUUCUCGAGCGGGGCCAUCGCGUCUCCCGCGGACUUCUACAGACGCGAUCCUUGUUAUCGCUCAGAAACCCCUCUCUCAGAUAUCGAUGUGCCAGUGACAGCUGUUCCGAUAGGUCCAGUGGCCAGAGAAGAUUCUCAGUCAGUGCCACCCAACAUGAGAUUUGGGAAUGAAGGAUAUGUUAUGCCAGAUCCUAUUAUUCGUCCAUUCUCCAGCAAAGCGGAGGGCCAUCGGCGGUUUCCUUCGAUUCAUGAUAUCUCUACCCUCAACCCUCUCAAGGAGGAAUAUGCCAUGAGUCCAAUUGAGACCCCCGAAGACCUGAACAAUACACCUCGGGCCCCUCAAUUCCGCAAUAACACAUUGUUCCCUUCCACCCGACGAGGAGAAGGUGAUGUGACACAUAGUGGGUGGAUGAAGAAGCGCAAGACUACCAAAUUGAUCCGGCAUGAUUGGGAAGAUCAUCACUUUACUCUGAAAGGCACUCAACUGGCAAUGCACGACAAUGAAGAGUCUGCCCGCCUCGAGUCCAAGGCCCUCGAGUACAUCGAUGUUGAUGACUAUGCAGUUGCUUGUUCCUCAUUUGCGUCAAGGUCUAAACUGACAGCGGCAUUCAAGAAGACCGUUCUCAAACGAAACGGGAACCCACUCAAUGCGUCUGCUUUUCAAUUCUCCCUGAUUCCUACACCCAACGGUAGUGCAAUCAUUGACCGAAAGACCUUGUUUUUGAACAGCGGGAAAUCGCAUCAUUUUUCUGUCAGGACCCGCGACCAGCGCAUUGACUGGAUGCGAGAGCUUAUGCUGGCCAAAGCUCUCAAGCGUGGUCGAGACACUGGGGCCGAGGUCACCUUUAAUGGGGCUAACAUGAUUUAA